AUGCCGCAGUGUGGCACGGCACGGUAGUUCAGUGCAGCUGCGGCUGGCCGAGCGUGCGGCAUGUGCGCCAAGUCGCAAAGUUUCUGGGAACGGCACGAGCUGAAGUUCUACAGGUAUGGCCACAUCUAUGCGAGCAUCUGCGGCCAGGUGAUCAUAGACUAUGCGCCGCAGCAGCCGAUGCGGGCGCCGUUCAAGUCGCUGCUCAUCGCCUACAGCCACGCGCUGAGCCUGCUGCUGAUUGUCGUCCUGCCCGGCUACUUUGGCUACAACUACCGCGCGCUCACUGCCACGGCGGACCGCCGCAUGCAGCUGGUGCUGUACGUGGGCCUCGCCAACACGCUCAUCAAGUACGCCACCGUGAUUGUCACCUAUGUGGCGAACACCUGCCACUUCGAGGCCAUCAACCGGCGCUGCUCGCUGCAGCGCGCCCGCCUCCAGGCGUCGUUCGCGGCCAGCUACCGUGCAUCCGGUUGGCCCAAGCGCCGCUUCGAGCUGUUCAUGUACCUCAAGUUCGUGCUGAUUAACCUGAUGAUGAUUGUCCAGAUCUGUGCGAUCUUGGCCGUUGCCCGCAUCGACAGAGCUGGAGAGUCAGACUCGGACUCAGACUCGGCUUCUGGCCAAGGGAGGCGACUGCGUAUUCAGUUCGCCAUCUACGCCUUCGUCCUGUGGAACUAUACGGAGAACAUGGCCGACUACUUCUACUAUGUGAACAGCUGUGUGCUGCUCUACUUUCGCCUGCUCCACAUGCAGCUGCAGGCCGAGCUCGAGCAGCUGCGGCGAUUGGGCCGCGGCAGGCUGUUGCUCGGCGUUCGGAUUGGGUUGCUGCGGCAGCGCUACGCCCAGAUACACGCUCUGUACACGGAUAGCUUUCGCAUGCAUCAGUUCCAGCUGCUGGGCCUGAUGCUGGCCACGCUGAUCAACAACCUGACCAAUCUGUUUACCAUCUUCAAUCUGCUGGCGAGGAGCUCGCGCGCCUUCAUCUCCCUUCCGGUUGCAGUGAGCGGCCUCUAUGCGCUGGGCUUCUACCUGGACACGUACUUGGUGUCGCUGGUUGGCGAGCAUAUCAAGGUGGAGCAGACGCGUCUGGCCCUCACCGUGCGCCAGUUCAGUGACUCUCCGGCAAGCCUGAACCAAGAGGUGCCCCAACCAAACUAUGCACCGAUUCCAAUUGGAUGCCAGUUAGCUAACCAUUUGUCAAUUGUCUUCCAGCUGGAACAGUUCUCGCUGCUGCUGAGGCACUGCCGCCAGCCGAUGCUCUGCGGCCUGGUGCAUCUGGAUCGUCGUCUCAUCUAUCUAAUUUCCGUAACGGCCUUCUCCUACUUCAUUACGCUCGUCCAGUUCGAUAUAUAUCUGCGCACGCAGCACAACAAAUGA